AUGGGGUUCUUUAAGAGGGGAGUGAAUAGGUUUUUAACGGUCAGCAGGACGCAUGUAAUGCCCCAAGUGUUGCAGGCGUACAUAGGCCACGGUAACCGCGCUUACCAUCAGGAGCGGUUGGGCAGCGGCGGGCUGGGUCUCGGCGGCGGCGGGUUCCGCGGCGGCGCGCAGCCCUCCCUCGCAGACUUCCAGCCGCCGUACUUCCCCCCGCCCUUCGCCCCCGCACCACACCCCGCCAGCCCUCAUCAUCAACAACAGAGCCAUGGCAUGGAGUACGGCGGCGGCGGCGGCGGCACGGCGGAGUACGCGCAGCACUACGCGCCGCAGCAGCUGCUCCCGCGCCACCACGCGCACCACGAGCCGCACGCGCACCUCCGCCACCACAGGGACCACCAUGAUAUACAUGCGCACCAUUUAUCACACGGAGGAUUUAGUUAUGGUGGCGGCGAGAGGCGAGCAGACUAUGGUGCUCGGGAACAACAUGAGUUGGCCCUACACCAUGCGCUACACUCCACGGAAGAAACGCCGAACGCUGGUAUGGACGACACCACGGGAUUCAUGACGGAUCUUCCUUUAUUAAAAACAAUGAAAGGUCGUGACGGGCUCGGCGGGACAGGUUCCUGUGCACCCAACGACGUGUUCUGCUCAGUCCCUGGUCGACUGUCACUACUAUCAUCCACCAGCAAGUACAAAGUGACUGUAGCUGAGGUGCAGAGAAGGUUAUCACCUCCUGAAUGCCUCAACGCUUCUCUUUUAGGUGGAGUUUUAAGGAGAGCAAAGAGCAAAAAUGGCGGGAGAUUGCUGCGUGAGAAAUUGGAAAAGAUCGGCCUGAACUUACCAGCGGGGCGGCGGAAAGCUGCCAACGUCACACUCCUUACGUCCUUAGUUGAAGCGGAAGCAGUGCACUUAGCCCGCGACUUCGGCUACGUGUGUGAGACGGAGUUCCCAGCGCGUGCACUCGCCGAGUACCUCGCGCGGCAGUACGCGGAGCACGACUCGAGGCGUAGAAGGGACCUGCUACAGGCGACUAAACAGGUUAUAAAGGAGCUGAUGGACUUGUUGAAUCAGGACCGAUCACCACUCUGCAAUACCAGGCCACCACAUUUACUAGAGCCGGCAAUACAGCGCCAUCUAACACAUUUCUCACUCAUCUCACACGGGUUUGGAGGUCCAGCUAUAGUGGCCGCGCUCACAGCUAUACAGAAUUUCCUCAACGAAUCUCUCAAGCAUUUAGACAAGUUAUAUCCUCAAAGCGGCAUGGUGUCAUCGUCGAUGGAUAAAACAAAAAUGGACCCUGACAUCAAGAAGUAACAAAUGCGUUACAGCAAUGACGACGGUCUCAUUAAAAAAACUCGCGACGAGAACAAACCUCUCGCGUACUGUUCAAGUAACAGACGAAAAAUGAAUCUAAACAUAAAAGUACUGAAUUUGACACUUGCCUUCAAAUCAGCGUUGUCAUCGAUUGUUAAAGUCAUUAUGUACGCACUCUAAGGCAAAGACGUGCCCAUCAUACAGCCAAGGCAUAAUGAUAUUAUCUCUAACUGCCAUAAAAUGUUCGCGCAGAAAAUCUUUGGAGAUUGCGUAUUUAUUUUUAUGACGAUCUUCGUUAGAGGCGACCCGCAUACAAAUAAAGUGCAAUUAUAAUACUCAUGAUUGUGAGAAUCUGUACAUAUAGUCUAGAAUUAAAACUAGUGGUUAAUUUAAGCAUUUAUAGCGAAUAAUUUUCAGCUCAACCAACAGUGAUUUUUGUAACUGCAAAAGAAUAUUUUUAAUAAGAAAAUAAAUAUUUCACAUCCACCGCAAUAAAGACACAUAUCAAUAAUGUACAUAGUAAUAAUUAUAGAACGAAAGUUUUAUCGUUUCUCACAAAAGUUUCAUACUGUUUUAGAUUAAAAAGAAAAUAAUAAAAACCUCUUUAGUUUUUAAUUAGGGUAUAGUUUUGCUAGCGACUCAAUGUGAAAGUGUGCCAAUUAGUUUUAAUUAUGGAAACACCAUAACGGGUUCCCGAAAAUUAAGUAUUUAAUUAAUAUUUAUUGUGGCUUGUACAUAAUACUUAUAAAAAUUACUAUUCACUUGCCUAUAAUUAGUUUUUUUUCUAAAAUUAUUCUAGUAUUCGACAUCUGUCUCUUACUCCAAUUAAUUGUAUUUAGUACCUAAAGUUAAUUUUAUUGCGUGAUAUUGUAAGUGUGAUCCUUCAUUCAAUUUUGUUUGUAUCAAAAUAGAGGUGGUCUAAACAGAAAAAAACUUUGAAAUACCAUGUACACACGGCUACACAUCGAGCUUUACAUAACCAGUAUAAACUGAACGUUAAAUGUGCGGAAAGAUGAUGCGACAGGAUUCCAGGACAAACUGGUUUUGUAUAGAUUGAUGUGUGGCCGUG